AUGGAUAAAGAACAUAAUUUGCCAUCUACAUCUAAAGGUCAAGGUAAAUCGAAGGAAAGUAAAUCGAAGGAAAUACCUAUGACGACAGCAGAAGAUAGGUUAACCGACAUUCUUAAAAAGAAAUUGGUGGAUAGAGGUUUGGUUGGACAUCCGGAACGUUUAGCGAGUAUGUUUCCUGAUUCGGCGGCUUCUAAGGAAUCAUCAGAUAGCCCAUCGGAAACUACCACUGUAAAGGAAACUGCAACUGUGCCAGACAAGUCAGUAUUUUCAGUGAAUGCUACUGCACUGUUUAAACCACAGGAUAACACUAGUACUAGCCAAUCUAUAGGUAGUGCUUCUAUUUCUAUGUCUCUUUCACGUCAUGUAUCUGAGAAGCUUAAGCAAGACAUAUGGAUAAAUAAGUAUGUUGAUUUAAGUGCUUUGCUUCCAGGUGCAGUGCCAACUCAACUUUCAUUGAAUAUUUCUGAGGCAGACACUGAUCCAGUGCUAAAAUUAACAUCUACAUCAAAGCCUCGAGUUUUGAAUUUGGAAUUAUGGCAACAAGCUUUCGCUAUCUUUAUGGAUAUUGUGUUACAAAAAAGUCCUCAGUUGGCAUCUAGUUUGUUGGUAUAUAAUAAUCUCAUCUCUGAGUUGGCACGGUUGUAUGGAGCCAAAGCAUUUGCAUACUAUGAUUCGCAAUUCCGCCUGUCUCGUCAGACAUCAAACUACCCAUGGGACCAAAUUCACCCUGAGUUUCGGCUGAGGGCUACUACUCUGUAUGGAUCACAUAUCCAAAAAACUCCAUCCAUUAAUCGCAAUAAAGGCAAUGGCAACCAAGUUGCCAAUGUUUGUUGGGGGUUUAAUACUCGGUUGGGUUGUAAAAGGCAACUUUGUCGUUUUGCACAUACCUGUAGUAAAUGUGGUUACAAACAUCCGGUUUAUAGAUGCUAUGCUAAGGUUAGGAAAGUUGAUACUGAAUCGUUGAGUCAGGACACAGGUGUGCAGAGUCUAAAUCCCUCAGCAUCCAUCUUUCCAGUGCCUUACUCUCCUGAUACGACAGUGCCUGCGUCUAAUGCAUCUAGUAGUCAACCGACACAGCAGGCUUCUCGUUAUUCAUUUCGUAAAACAGGUUCUGCCACCACUAAGAGUGCCAACACCCCUGUAUCCAAAUAG